AUGGCCUCACACUCUAGUUCAUCGAGUAAUUCUAGCGUGGACGAUCCUGCACUAUCGCGACGAGACACACAGGCCACAAAGACCACCACCAGCGAGCGCAAAAAGUCCUUGUCCGGCCAUAUCAAGGCGAUAUGGCAGAAGACGGGGCUGGACAAGCCCACCAUCUUAUUGAUGCUAAAGGGCGGACUCUCACCCACGAUUGCAGUGGCCAUCUACCAAGCAAUGGAUGUCGCCGAUGAGUAUACCACUCUAGGCUAUCUCGUGGCUAUUAUCUCAAUUCUGGGCUUCGCCAUCAUGCCGCGUGCCAAGUUUAUUCAAAUGAUGAUUUUUGACGUCCUUGCUGUCUGCCUUGCAGCGUGUUUUGCGCUGUUGACCAUGUACUCUAGCGUUAAGGCUCGUGAGCAUAGUGAGAAGAACGGAUCUUACAACUCUUCGGCCUCUGCCGUCAGUGGAGUAUGGCUCUUUUUCCAGAUCUGGCUGGUUCAUACUUUCCGGGCCAAGUAUCCGCAGUUCCAAUUUCCCGUCGUCAUCUACGCGAUUUUCGCAAAUAUCUCCUCAAUCUACGCACCGCAGAUGCAAACCAUGACAGCUGCAAUUAACAUGGUGGUGAAGUUGAUCAAAACUAUGCUCACGGGAUUGGGCAUCUCCACUGGUGUAUCUUUGUUCAUUUUACCUAUGACUUCGCGCAAGGCAGUUUUCAAGCAGAUGGGUGGCUAUAUCGGCGGUCUUCGCUCCGUAUUGAGUGCACAUGCAGCAUAUUUUGAAGCUUUGGAAAGGAAUGACAUGUUCGGUCGUGCUGAGACCUUCGAUGACUCGAGAGAGAAAUUUGGCGACAAAGGGAAUAAGGUGUACAGCCCUGAAGCGGAAGCAAUCCGUGGUGCAAUUCGAGGGAUCACCGAUAUCCAUGCCAAACUUCACGGUGAUCUAACAUUUGCCAAAAGAGAGUUUGCUUUUGGGAAGCUCGGUCCGGACGACAUUCAGGCCAUGUUCCGUCAUCUGCGACAGAUCAUGAUACCCGUUGUUGGGCUUAGCUUCAUUGUGGACAUAUUCCAGAGAUUAUCCGACUACAAUAGAUGGAAUCAGCCUAUCGAUCCAAACUCCGAACCGCUUUCGGAUGACAUUCGCAACCGCGUUGUUCAAGAUUGGAACGAUAUCAUGAGAGCCGUGCAUGACCCCUUCAAAACUAUGAUUCAAACAAUCGACGAGGGGCUACUACAUACUUCUUAUGUCUUUGGGUUAAGCAAGCCGCCGAAAAAGAUGGCAGACGCAGUCGUAAAUGAUGCUGGCGAAGGCGAAAAGGAUGUCGAGGCUUCGGCUGAAGACACGGCGCCUGGAGGGAAAGGAUUCACGGCCCACUUUAAAAAGAAGCUGGGCGAGUUUCGAGGCGCCAAACGAAUGGCUCUGGCCACUUGGGCGGAGGACAAAGGGAUCAAGCUACCGGAGGAUUUCUUUGACCAUCCGUCGCAUGUGGACAGCUUGAAGGGCGACUUUUUCGAUGCUUCUGCCUCGCAUCAAGAUCGAGCUCGACGACAGCUCUACCUCUUCCUCUAUAUGGAGCAAUUGCUCUCCUCGACUGGGCAGACCGUGCUCAAAUUUGUCAUUUAUGCUGAUAGCGUUGCGGAAAAGGGGAAAUUGUCUCGAACAAGACUUAUCAUCCCGGGUGCUAAGCGUUAUUGGAAAUGGGCCAAGUCGUUCUUGAAAGCGGAAGAUACUCAUCAAGACGACAACAUGGGCGACGUACACCCGCAAAGUCGCAUGCUCGAGCUUGGCGAGGCCUACCGUCUUCGCAAAGAUCCAGAACACCUACCACCCGCGUCAAUCUUUGAGAAGAUCGGAGACAAAGUGCGCGCCAUCCCUUGGUUUCUGCGCUCGUUCGAGUCUACUUAUGGAUUCCGAGUCGCGUGUGCCACAAUGACCAUUGCCAUCAUCGCUUUCCUGCACGACACUCAAACUUUCUUCACGAAGCAGCGUUUGGUCUGGGCCAUGAUCAUGGUCAAUCUAAGUAUGUCGCCGACGUCGGGUCAAAGUAUCUUCAGUUUUGUUCUUCGGAUUGCUGGCACAACGAUCGCAAUGGUGGCCAGUCUCCUUUGCUGGUAUAUUCCCGAUCAGAAGACCCCGGGUGUGAUCGUUUUCCUUUUUCUGUUCGUCUCAUGUGGCUUUUACGUUCCGAUAAAGAUGUUCCGCUUCCGCGUUGUUGGUGUCAUCAGUAUUGUCACCACAACCAUGAUCGUCGGAUACGAGCUCCAAGUCCGCAAAGUGGGCGAAGCAGUCGCCACUUCAAACGGUCAGGAAUUCUAUCCCAUCUACCUGCUCGCGCCCUAUCGAUUAGCAGCCGUGAGUGCAGGUAUCGCGGUGGCCUUUAUAUGGACAUUUUUCCCGUAUCCGAUCUCAGAACACUCUGUGCUCCGGCAAAACCUUGGUGCAUCACUGUAUCUCCUAGCGAACUUUUAUUCUAUCAUCCAUGAAACCCUUGACGCCCGUAUGCGUGGAGACGAGGGUGAUCUGACUCUGAAAAGCUCUGCAGGUCGCAAACUCGAGAAGGCUCGUCAUAAGGUGUUUUCUAAACAAAUGCUGAUGCUCACUGGUUUACGAACCUAUUCUGGAUUCCUUCGGUGGGAGGUCCCAAUCGGUGGCAAAUUCCCAAAGAAGCAAUAUGAUUCCAUCAUUGUAUGUGUCGAGAAUAUUGUGAGCUACCUCAGCUUGCUCGGCUAUGCAUCCGACACGCUGAUGCGUCUUGGGAAUGACGAAGACGAUUCAAAUUCAGCUUGGAUGCAUGAUUUCCGCCGUCUUGUCGGUACCGCCAAAGUUACCACUCAUGAAGUUACGUCUCUGUUGUGUCUCCUGUCUGCCAGCAUUACGAAUCGCCAACCUCUACCACCAUACCUUAAAGCCCCUCGACCCUACAGUUUCUCAAAGAGACUAGAGGCUCUGGAUAGCGAAAUCUUGAGUCUGAAGCACAUGUCCGAACCCGGAUUCGCGGCUUUCGCCGUCCUACAGAUCUCCACUAGGUGCAUAGUUGGGGAUGUGGAAAGACUCAUGCGACAUGUGAGAGGAUUAGUUGGCGAACUUGACUUUUCUUUCCAUGCAGUCAGCACGGUUAGUUCUGGAAUGACCGAGUCCAGGAUGACAUCGCGUGCACCAUCGCGAGUGGAGGUAAAUGAGAUUCAGGAAGCAGAUCGGCGGAAGCGGGAUUGA